AUUUAUAUAAAAAUGCAGAAUGUACUGAAAAUAUUUUUCUUCAUACUAUGGCUGGUAUAUUACGUUCAAUCAGAAGAUAAAUCAAUUUUUAUGCUUGCCAAUAAUUAUUGUAUUACAAACUCAAGCUCGGCAAUUGUUUUUACUGAAAAAAAUACAGAAUUCAUCAAUCGAGAAUCUCUUAUAUAUCCAGCACUGAGUGUGAAAUCUUUUGACUGCAUGUUUGAUAACCAAAAUAAAUGCCAUAACGAAUGGUUUAAACGUGAAAAUUGGUAUAUACAAUAUUCACAUAGGAUUAUUGAACCCGAAAUAAUCACUGAUAGAAGAUGGGAAAGAUUCAAGACAUGGAAAACGUACGAUCCUAAAAAGGGGAAUUAUACUUUUGAUCUUGUACUCAAUGUGGAGGAAAACAUGAGUAUUCCCUUAUCAAUUAACACUGAUAAAGGUGUGCAUAUUUAUAUAUGCGACGGAAGCGGAACUGAUCCUCCAUCUUCAAAAUGCUACUGGAUACAGUUCGGCGCUUAUGACAGAAACCAAUCAAUUUUACGAAAAUGCGAUAGCGGUUAUAUACCUGACAGGUAUGGGAUAUGGGCUCAAGACAACUGCAAGCUUGCACGUGAUAUGAAAUUGGGAGACCUUUUUAAGAAUACCUGGAAUCAUUUCGUCAUACAAAAAUUCGAAAAGUUGUUAAGAGUAUUCCAAAACAACGAAGAAAUUAUGAAAUAUAUAGAUUAUGAAUUUUUUGUUCCUAAAAAAAUGUAUAUACGUUCCGAUGGUAACUCAUCAUGGAAAAUACACACUUAUUAUUUUUUAGAAAGCAGAAGUGCUAGAAGCAUCGACCUUAUAGGUCCUCGAUUGAAACCAACCGAUAAAAAAAUUUGUGUAUCAAUGUUCAUUAAAACAUCGAUAAAUACAAAUUUAACGAUACGAAUCAAAUCGAAACAAAGUACAGAGGAAAUAAACGAAACAUUUAGUACUAAUGGAAAAUGGCAGGAAAUCAAAUUAUACAAAAAUAAUAUGUCCUGUGAUGAAUACGAUAUGUACUUUGCCCAACUGCAGUCCAAAAACAAUUAUUGGGCUAUAGAUGACGUUAGGGAAUGUUCGGAAACAGAAUACAGGUAUAUACAGGGUGAUUCGGAUAAUCUUAGCUGUCAAAGAAUUGAGGAUUCAGGCACAAUAACAGUAGAUAAGAAAAAAGAACUAAGCACAGAUAUUAUUAAUUGCGAAUCGAAUUCGUUUGGUAGAGAUUGCAUCCCAUGUCUCCUAUUCGGAGAAGAAAGUUGUGGUCAAUUCAAGUAUUGUCAGUUAUACGAGGACACAACUAAAUGUUUUUGUUCGGCGGGAUAUAAAACCACCAGUUGUGAUAAACCUUGUGAUGAUGGAUAUUAUGAUCACGCUUGUGCCAAAAGAGGUCACUGUAAGGGAAAAUAUGAUGUAAAAAAUGGCGUUUGUUCGUUAGGUGAAUGUGAAGUACCUUAUAUGGGAAAAAACUGUCAAAUAGUGGAUUAUCCUUUUUUUAUAAACCCACCCGAAGUGAUUUCAAUUGGUGAUAACAGUUUCAUAAUAGUACAAUCGGAUCAGCAAUACGAAGGCAGAGGUGACAGUUAUUCUUACGAAUAUGCAGAAAAUAAGACUGAGCUAAUAUGGAUAUCAAUUGGAAAAUUUAAAUUGGGUACACCAGCUUCCGUCAUUGUUGAUGAUAUCAAGUCUGACACAAAUUAUUUAGCCAGAACUAUAAUUUUUCCCAACAGAAAACCCAAGAAGUACAUGAAAAAUGAUCUUAAAAUUUUUAGAAUGUUUACUACGUCUUGUAAACUCCUAACAGAAGACGACAUUCAUAUACUACCACGAAAUACUAGUGCGGAAGUUAAGUUAAGUUUAACAAGAGCUAGUUGUAAACUGUAUAAAUACAAAUUUUAUAUAGGGUAUAAACAAUUUGAUUUUUUUUCUCAAAAUUUUACAAUACUCAAUUUGAAACCAUUCACCGAAUAUGUUUUUUAUAUGGUAUACAAUGGUAUCCAACAAAUCGGUCCGAUCUCUUUCAAAACUGAUGAAGGCGUACCAACUGCUAUACGAAAUCUACAUUUCAAUAUCUUAUCUCCGAAAGAAGUUCAACUUAUUUGGCUAGAGCCCGAACCGAAAUAUGGCAUAAUCGAAAAAUACGACAUAACCUAUAAAGUUAUAAAAUCACUUGGAUGUUCAAGCAAUGCAACUAGAACCGUAACAAGAAAAGUCACUACAUUCGAAACAUAUCACAGUUUAGAAAAUCUGCCUGCGUAUACACAAUUUGAGAUUAAUAUUAUAGCAUACACAAAAGCAGGGCCGGGAGAUGAUUAUCGAGAUUAUUUUAAUACGAGUGCUACAGAUUUAUCAGAAGUCGAAAAAAUCAACAUUACUAGGAUAGAAUUAGGACAAUCUGGACCCCUAUUAUAUUUAGAUGAUUUGCCCUGCUCUAAUUUAUCAGGACCGGUUUAUUUAAAAUUCGGUUUCAAUUGCACUGAUUUAUUGUGUGCAGAACUGAAUUUUAUUUACCAAGAAUAUAUUGAAAAAUAUGAGAAGGGUUACGUAUUUGUGAAAAACGAGAAUGUACGUUUUCACCCUUUCGCUAAUUACACAGUAAAGUUUUCAGUAUCAAGAACCAAUGGUAGUUAUUGGAUAUAUCGCGACACCAAAACUUUCCAGACUUUACCAGAUAAGCCGCAUCAGGUAUCAGAUUUGAUGUUAUAUUCAAAAGAAUACCAUUCUUACAAGAGUAAAGUUUUUAUAAGAUGGAAACCACCUUAUCCACCGACUGGUAUAUUGGGAGGAUAUUGGAUUACGUACAAUGGAGUCUCCGAAACAGUCGAACCCGUACAAUGUGAAUUAUGGAAGGAAUACCAUUGCGCUACAAUUUGGAAUCAUUUUUAUAAAGGAAGCAUAUAUUAUGUGAAGGUAAAAGCAAAAAAUAAGGGUACAGAAUAUGGAAAUUUCUUAACGAUUUAUUUUAUUAUGGAAACUGUAGGACCUAGUUCUCCUUAUAAUAUUACUUAUUAUUGGAAAGACGAUAAUUUGUAUUUAACGAUGUACCAUCCGAACAAUACAAAUGGAAAACUGACAAGCUUCGAUAUUCAAGAAUCAUCUUAUGAUCCAGUGAAUAAACCAGUAGAUAAGUACAAUUUGACAUAUACUUACAAGAUUGAAAAACAUUUCAAACCUUGUCAAAAAUUGGAUUUUAAAAUUAGAGCCCACAACAUUUACGCUCCGGGUGAAUAUGUGAAAGCUGUAAUCAAAACUCCACCGAAUUACCCUUCAAUUAAAAAAAUGUUACAUAUUACAAACACCACGUUAGGCGUGAAUAUUUCAAUUGAUGGAGACGUCAACACCAUCGAUUUUCUUUAUAUAAUUUUAUCAACUGAUAAAGAAAAAAUUCUAAACGAAAACGAAGAUAUAACAAAAAAUCCUAACGUGAGAUGUAAAGCAAAAAAUAUAACGAGUACUUUCUAUUGUGUUAUUGGAAAUAAUAACAGUAGUGAUGGAGAUUAUACAAAUCCUCCAUUGGAACCGGGAAAAAACUAUAGUCUUGUUAUUUUUUCGUAUAAUACUUGUAACGGCUAUAACAAAUCAGCCAUCACGCAAGAAUAUGUGGUUUUUAAAGGAAAUAAUGAUAUGAUAAAUAAAGGAAACGAUGAAUUAUGGGCACUAUUAUUAUUAGCUGUUCCUCUCAUUGUAUUCGGAAUAUGGUAUUUCAAAAAGCCACAAACUGAUCUUCCGAAACUUAGUAAACCACAAAUUUUAGAGAAGCGAGACGAUCAAAUAGCACUUACAGAGAAGCAGUCAAUAACAAGACAGAAAGUAAAUAUCGUGAGACCGAAACCUAGUAAUGUACUACCGGUUCUCACUACGAAGCAUUCUAGAAAAAUUCGGAUAAUCGACUUCGAAAACUAUGUUAAAGAAUCCAUAGAAAACGGGGAAUUAGAAAGACAACAUAACCUUUUCCCUAAAGGACUUCUCAAACCACACGAAGUAGGUUCUUCACCUAUAAACAAAAACAAAAAUCGCUACAAAAAUUUAAUUUCAUAUGAUCAUACACGUGUUAAGUUGAAACGACCACCUAAUAGUGAGGAAUCCGACUAUAUAAACGCAAAUUACAUCGAUGGCUACAAGAAACCAAAGACCUAUAUAGCAACGCAAGGACCAAAGUCGAACACUUUAAAUGACUUUUGGUUGAUGAUUUGGCAGACAAAUGUGAAAUAUAUCGUGAUGUUGGCUAAUAUUUAUGAAAAUGGAAAGAAAAAAGUUGAGAAGUACUGGCCCGAUAUUAACGAAAAUAAAAAAUACGGCGAUAUAACCGUCUACUAUUUAUCUUCAAAUGUUUUUGCCAAUUUUGACAUACGAACAUUCACCGUUUCCAAUAAUGGCGAAGAAAGACAGAUAACUCAGUUGCACUACACUACUUGGCCUGAUCAUGGAAUACCAUUGUACUCUCAAAGUCUGGUACCUUUCUUGCAGAAAAUAUUGAAAAUACCAUACGGUACAAAAUCUCCCAUACUAAUCCACUGCAGUGCUGGUGUAGGUAGAACAGGUACAAUUAUUUUGAGCGACAUCUGUUUACGAAUGGCCGCAGGUGAAGGUUCCAUCGAUUUUUUAGCUCAUUUAGAAAAUCUGCGGAAUCAAAGAGCGAAUCUGGUAGAUAACAUCGAACAAUACAAGUUGGCUCAUUUGGUGGUUCUCGAUUGCCUUUUUGGUAUGCGUACUGCCAUACCUUGUAACGAUGACAUGCGAACAAUUAUAGAAAGUACUUUAAGUAAUAAUGGCGCUAAAACGCAAAUGAAAUAUAUACUUGAAACUCAAUGGCAAGAUUCCGCAAUGGAAACCAUGUUGGAAGGUGAAGAAGUCGCUCCGAUUUAUCCGGAAAAGAAUAGGUUCAGUGAUAUUGUACCAAAAGAAUACCGUGUACACAUUACAAGAUAUCCUUACCAGGAUGAUACAUCUUCGUACAUAAAUGCCGUUUCGGUUGAUGGGUUCAGACACCGGGGAAGGUUUAUAGCUACUCAACAGCCGAUGCCUAAUACCAUAGGUGAUUUCUGGAGAAUGGUUUGGGAAAAAUCAUGUACUGUCAUAAUAUCUCUUAAUACCAUAAAUGUAAAAGACAAAUCGGUAUGUAAAAUUUGGCCGGAAAAAGACGAGGAACUAGAUCCUGUUGAUUUUAUAAAGGUCAUACACAAGAAAACUCAAAGACUCGAUUUUUAUAGAAUAGUAACAGUGGAAAUAUUAGCUUCGCAAUCCACAACAAAUAGUUUGAUCGUCAAUAUAUUGGCUAUGGAUAAUUGGAAGCCACAAGAUUUAUUACCGAAUAGUAUUGAAGAGUUUUUGACUUAUAUGGAUGCCGGUGAUGCACUGUCAAGAUUAUCCGAGAAUGUUAUUGUUACAUGCUAUGACGGAGCAAGGGCUUGUGGACUCUACAUCGCAAUGUCAUUUUUAAGAGAAAAAAUGAAACUCGAACAAUCUUGUGAUGUUUGUUUAGCUGUUAGAACAAUUCGCCAUAGUAGAAAACAGUUUAUAACAUCAGAGGAACAAUACGAAUUUUUAUAUAGGGCAUCUCUAACGUUCAUCACUGGAUUCCAAUCAUAUUCUAACUUUGCUUAGUUUAAUCAAUUACUAAUAUUUUUAUAAGAA